CGAAAGUACAAGAUAUACUGGUUAAAACAAGCCUGGAAAGUUGUAAAGUAGUAGUCCUUCGAACAACUCAAGGAACGUUCAGAACGGCACAUAGUUUUUCUUAUCAGCGUACAUCCGUAAAGAUCAGGUAAACAAGAUGUUGGAGUCCACGACCGAGCAGGCUUUACAUAGUAAUGAAACACAGAUGGAACAGAUAGGUAUUCUCGGAGGAAAGUCCAACAACACGAAUGAACACCGAAACCACGAGUUCCAUGACCCGAAGUCGCGACCUGUGCUCAGCGAAUUUAGCAGCAGCAGGAUUCGAUGGUCUCGCAAGGGCAGCAAAAAAUAUCUGCCCAACACUCGCAGCAAUCCUUGCAGCAUUCGAAGCAAAGGAAGCACUCAAGCAUGCCUAGGAAGCAAUCCUUGGAGGCUCCUCCACCACGGAUACGCAUGGCCUUCUGUUCAGCGGGUUGCUGGCGGGUAGCCGCUGGAGCAGAGGUUGGAACCAUCUGAAUGGCCCCCAAUGGCUGCUGGGCGACUGCGGCGCGGG